AUGCCAUCCCCCGCGUCUACCUCGACGUCGCUGGCCUCGCUGCUCCCCCCGUCCAAGGCGCGCCAGGCGCCCCACCACCACCCCGCGGCCUUCGCCCACUCGAUGAGCGCGAGCUCGAUGGUCCACCUCGCUAGCAGCGGGAUCCAAGCGCUCUCGGCUGCCCACUCGGCCGCGAUGGCCGGCAACAAGGACUUCCAGGGCGACAUUGCGCAGAUCGACGCCGGGCUCUCGUCCCAAGAUUCGACGGUCCAGAUGGAAGCGGCGAAGAAGCUGCGCCUCCUCCUUUCGAGCGAGCGCGACCUCCUGAUCCGGCAGAUGCUUGAGAAAAACUGGACCCCGCGCCUCAUUAGCUGGCUGAAAUUGAAGGACCACCCGCUUCUGCAAGUGGAGGCGCUCUGGGCGCUCACCAACAUUGCCGCCGGCGCCACGGACAAUACGUCCGUGCUCCUCAACAAUGGCGUCAUCCCGACGCUCGUGUCGCUCCUCGACUCGCCCAACGAAGAGGUCCUCGAGCAGUCUGUCUGGGUGCUGGGCAACUUGGCUGGCGAAGGCUCGCACACGCGCGACUCGGUGCUCUCGGCGGGCGCGCUGCCGCCCCUCGUCAACAGCCUCAAGAAAGCGCCGCCCGAGAAGCUCUCGCUCCUGCGUAUCCUCACGUGGACGCUGAGCAACCUCUGUGACGGCCAGCCGCGACCAGUUUUUGACAUCAACUUGGUCCUUCCGUCGCUCGGCAAGAUGCUGGCGAGCUCGGACACGGAAGUGCUGAGCCACGUGUGCUGGGCCUUCUCACACCUCUGCGACGGCCCGAGCACGCACAUCCAGGCCGUCGUCGACUCGGAAGUGUGCUUGCGCCUCGUGGAGCUGCUCAGCCACAACUCGUGGCGCGUGACCAAGCCUGCGCUGCGUGCCAUUGGCAACAUUGUCUGCGCCGAGGACGACCACGACUACACCCAGCAUAUCAUCGAGUGUGGCGCGGUGCCAUCGCUGCGCAAGCUCAUUGCGCAUUCGAACCGCGAGAUCCAAAAGGAGGCGUGCUGGACGCUCUCCAACAUUGCCGCGGGCACGGUCGACCAGAUUCAAUGCGUGCUCGACUCUGGCUGCAUCCCGUCGCUCAUGAACCUCGCGUCGUCGGACGCCACCGACACGGAGGUGCGCUCCGAAGCGUGCUGGGUCGUCCUCAACGCGACGUCGUGCGGCUCCGAUAGUCAAAUUGAAUACUUGGUCAACGAAGGCUGCAUCCAGAUCUUAGGCAACCUACUGGAAGAGACGAGCAUGGUCAUGAUGGCGCUGGAAGGCCUCGAGCGUAUACUGCAAGUGGGCGAGCUCGAGGCCAAGCGACUCGACGCGCCCAACCCGUACGCUGGCUUGAUGGCAUCGGCCAACAUUGAAACCCUCGUGUCCCACAAGUCGGCGACGGUCGCGAAGCGAGCGACGCGGAUAUGGCAGCAGCACUUUGUGACGUGCGCGAUCUGCAUGGGCGCCUUCUCGAAACACUCGAACGACACAUUCUUUUGCGCCGAGUGCAAGUGCAACGUGUGCAAGAACUGCGACUGCACGAUCUUCCACCUCAAGUACCAAGAGAGUCUCUGGAAGGAGGAGACGGAGAAGGAGACGACCGAGAAGCAGGCCAAGCAAGCGUCCAAGCGCAACAAGCGGCAAAAGAAGCGCCAGCGCACGAAAGAGCGCAAGGCCGCGCUCCGCCAGCAGCAAAAGCCAUCGUCGGGGACGUCGCCGACGCUGCGGCCGAGCACGAGCAAGUCGUCGGACGAAUCCUCGAGCGACGAUGACGACGACGACGACGACGAUGACGACGACGACGAGCUCGACCACGAGCAGCAGCAGCAAGAGCAGCAGCGCGAGGUGCGGCCGCUGCGCCCGGGCAAGCACAAGACGACGUCGACGCGGCACCUCGACGACAUGGUCGACGCCAACGACCGCCUCGUGUCGUACCUUCUCGAGACCGGCUCGAUCCUCGCGCUCGCGCAGCGCCUCGACCAAGAGGACGACAGCGUCUGGCUCGUCGCCGAAGAAGACCGUCCUGCGAUUCACGCAUGA